GCAUUCUGGCACAACCUGUCUGAUCUGGCAGGAGACAGGCCGUUUAAAAGAAAGUCUGUUUAUUUAAUCGGUCUUGUUCUAACAAUGGGCAGCGCGCUUUCUUUCUGUGGCAAUCUGACCGCGGCGGGGAUCCUGCUUAUCAGCGACGUGCUGUCGUCCGCAGUGUCCGGGACAGCCCGCGGACUGGUCAACAUCAUUGACCGUUGUUGCGGCAGUGGCGAGAAUACUGUUCGGAGGAAGCGGGCGUGGCACAAGCAGCGUUGCUCUACGGAUCCUGUGUACGUGCCAAUGAACCAGUCGGCGUUCGGUGAGCUCGAUGUAGAAGCAACUUUGUCCAACAGUACUUUCCCAAUAAAGCCUCACGAGCUUAUCUGCAAAGCCAAGGAAGUUCUGGCUUCCGAGUUUGGCACGGCACCAGGUUGCGACGGGUCGUGCUUGGCCGAAGAUUUCCAGUUCGUUGCUCCUAUCAUUGGCCCACUCUCGAAGGCAGAGUUCGUGAGAGCUUUCGGAUCCUUCAAGCUGAAGGACGCGAUCCCAGAUCUGAAAGACAACUCCUGGUUCCAGGUCGAUCCCCUCGAGCCCAAUCGUGUCUGGAUGAUCUCGCGCGCCACGGGGACCCACACGGGCACCCUGAAUUUCGGCUCGCCGCUGGCGGCGACCGGCAGAUCAGUCCAGCUGCCCCCGCAGGCUCAGAGCAUGCUCUUCGACGAGAAGGGCAAAUGCUACACGCUGACAGUGGGCUACUGCAUGGACAAGCGCAUUGGGAAUACCGAUGGCCUCGGCGGAGUCUUCGGGAUCCUCAAGGCCGUGGGCAAGCCGCUGCCUUUCCCCGAGGCCCAGCGGUUGUACACGCCAUCGCUUCGCUUCGAGGCCUUCGAGCAUGUGGCCAAGGCCAUUGAGGAUCUCGGCUUCGACCCAGCAAGCAGGUCGCGUCUCCAACAGGAUGCUAGGUGCUAG